AAUUCAUAAGUCAACCAAAAUGUAAGCACCUGCAAUUAAUCCUUGCAUACCACCUUGAAAACUCAACUCUCUGGCAUACAUCCGUUCAGUCUAACAGGUUUGAUCUGCGAUGGAAUCCAUGCUGCAUGCCAUGCCCCAUAUUAAUCAUGGCAGUGUAGGCAAAUAAGGUGCAGAGGCUUGUAUUGUUUCUAAAAAUGCAAAAGCAAGAGAUAAAUAUUCCACUUCAUUCGUGAAGAAAAAACAACAAUAAACAAGAUCUUAUCAUUCUUUUUUUAUGUGAUUUUCAUCAAAUUUUUCCUUAAUACCAAACAGCCAAAUUUGUCUCAUUCAAAGUCCAUCUCCAAAUUAUCUUCGACCCUAACGGGAAAGUAAUCAAUGCCUCCUCCUCACUGAUGGGUCAGUUGAUCAUUUCUUGUAUACCCUCUUCUAUAAUUCAUCUUAUCUUCCCAAACUAGAUGAAUCACUGAUAUUUCUUUGCAGAAUUAAAUGUCAGCUUCAAUUAUUCUUCAUUCAAAGACCAAAAUGGCAAACUGAAAGGGAAACAAUAAGCACAGCAAGAAACACGAGGGGGUAGUUAGAACCAAGAACAACACCAAACUUGUUUCAAAAAAAUUUUGGGCUUUCUUUGUUCCUCUGCCCAUAUUUCAGGAAGAUAGAAAUACCCAACUCAUCCUCAUCAUCCUUUUUCUCCCUCUCUCAAAUGGGUUCAUUUUGGUCUUCUCUUCUUCACCUUCUUUUUCUUCUCUUCCUUGUCCUUGUCUCUUCAUCUUCUUCUUCAGCUGAUAACAAUGAUCUCUUUGAAAUAUGGUGCAAACAAAAUGGAAAGAUCUAUUCUUCUCCAGAAGAAAAACUCCAAAGAUUUCAAGUGUUUGAAAAAAAUCUUGCAUUUGUCAACGAACAUAACAAUAUGGAAAAUUCCACUUACACCCUUGCUUUGAACUCUUUUGCUGAUUUAACCAACCAUGAAUUCAAAGCUUCAAGAUUGGGUCUGUCUGCUUCUAAUGGAGUUCCAAGGAACUAUUCAUCAUUUCUUGGAGCAGGGACUGUUGGUGAUAUUCCAGCUUCUCUUGAUUGGAGAGAGAAGGGAGCAGUUACACCUGUGAAAGAUCAGGGUAGUUGUGGUGCUUGUUGGUCUUUCUCAGCUACUGGUGCAAUGGAAGGCAUAAACCAGAUAGUCACAGGAUCUCUUGUUAGUCUAUCUGAACAAGAGCUAGUUGAUUGCGACAAGUCUUACAAUAGUGGGUGCAAUGGUGGACUUAUGGAUUAUGCAUAUAAAUGGGUUGUGAAGAAUGGAGGGAUUGACACCGAGGGAGAUUAUCCAUAUCAAAUGGGAGACAAAACCUGCAAUAAAAACAAGUUAGAAAGGCGUGUGGUAACUAUUGAUGGUUAUACUGAUGUACCAGCAAACGAGAAUGAAUUACUCAAGGCUGUUGUAACUCAACCCGUGAGUGUGGGUAUAUGUGGUAGUGAUUCGGCAUUCCAACUAUACUCCAAGGGGAUCUUCAGUGGACCAUGUUCAACGUCUUUGGACCAUGCUGUGCUGAUCGUUGGGUAUGGGUCUGAAAAUGGGGUUGAUUACUGGAUUGUGAAAAAUUCAUGGGGAACAAGUUGGGGAAUUAACGGGUACAUGCACAUGAUACGUAAUGGUCCGAGUAAAGAAGGUGUAUGUGGGAUAAACAAGCUAGCUUCAUACCCAACUAAGACAAGUGCAAAUCCACCAACGCCUCCUAAACCUCCGGGUCCAACUAAAUGCAGUCUUUUCACCAAGUGUGCAGCAGGGGAAACCUGCUGUUGUGGCCACACUUUUCUGGGAGUAUGCCUUUCAUGGAAAUGUUGCCCACUGGAUGGUGCUGUGUGCUGCAAGGACGGCAAGCACUGUUGCCCGCAAGAUUAUCCAAUCUGUAAAACAGAAACAAACCAAUGCUUCAAGGCAACACAAGGUACUGGGAAUUCAACGUUUACGAAAGCCCUUGAAAAGAGAAGUUCUUCAGGAAAUUUUGGAGAUUGGAGUGCCUUUUUAGAGGCAUGGAAUUUCUAAUAUCUCAUACUUACACUAGUAGCCUAAGCUGGUUGAGUUAACUUCUGCUGUACUAGUAAUGUACUGUAUUACAUUGCACCUGGCUUCGCCAAGGUUGGGACCUGUUAUUUAUUUAGUCCCAAAUGCUUAUAUGAUUGUAGUUUUCAGACAGUUUCCAUGUUCAUAUUUAUAUACGAACAAAUAAGCAGUGUCAUGAAUGUGUGAAUAAGUACACGAAAUGCUUCUCUUAAAUAAAUCGGAUCUAUGGGGUUAUAAAUGGUUAUGUAAAGUCGUGGGUUACAAACAAUAAAGCCAAAUUUGUUUCCCA